AGCAUUACAAUUUAAAAUGUAUACAAUCAUAUUUACUUUGCAAGAAAUGAUCGUUUAGCUAUUCUUUCUUUCUGUGGCUUUUUUCCUCUUUGGAUGAUCAUGGUUUCUAAACAAACCAAAUAUGAUACACACACACAUAUAGAAUGGUUUGGAUCAGGGCCUUGGAACAAAGAAACUCCAAAGAGUCUUUUGGGGUUUUUAAUUCACCGAAAAUAUUGAACCAACAGUGGUUGGCCAUGCAAUCAUAACGUGGCGAUGUGCACUGUUAGUUGUGGACAUAAUCAGCCAUAGAAGCAUAGAAAAUUUUCAACCUUUGUUUCCUCCCCCAAAUUUCUCUUCCUCCCCCGCUUUCUUCUCAACUCUUAUUAUCUCCCCAGAAAUAAGGAUCUCUCUCCCUCUUCUUUGCUCUCCCAUUUCUCUGUUUUCUUCUUCUUCGUUUUUUUGCAAACCUUUCUGUCUGUUAUAUUGCUGGACAACAUGGCGAAUGCGGUAUCUGGAAUGGCUGUGAGUGAUGAAUGCAAACUGAAGUUCUUGGAGCUAAAAUCGAAGAGGAACUACCGUUUCAUCAUUUUCAAGAUUGAGAAUCAGACGGUUGUUGUGGAGAAGCUCGGAAACCCAGAUGAAACCUAUGAGGAUUUCGCCGAGUGUCUGCCUGCCGAUGAGUGCCGCUAUGCAGUGUUUGAUUUUGAUUUCAUCACCGCCGAGAACUGCCAGAAAAGCAAGAUUUUUUUCAUUGCAUGGUCACCUGAUACAUCAAGAGUGAGAAGUAAGAUGGUAUAUGCCAGCUCCAAGGACAGAUUCAAGAGGGAAUUGGAUGGCAUUCAAGUCGAAUUGCAAGCAACAGAUCCCAGUGAAAUGAGCCUCGACAUUGUAAAAGGCCGAGCUCUUUAAUAUUCUCAUUUUUCACUUUCUAACAAUUACAUUCUAUAUACAAUCAUCAUGGACAACAUUUAAAACCAUAAGAUUCAAACACUAUGUUUUUCUCUGCAAAUUAUAUAAACCCUCAUGCUUUGACGAUGAUGACCAUAAAAGAAUCCCCUCAUCAUUCUCAUGUAGCUAGGAGAAUGUGUGUAAAGAUUCAGUUUUCGGGUCAUAUACAAUUCCCAAUGGAAUGGAGCAAUUUUGCUUUGGAGA